GGCCAGGCCACUGUGGGUUCCAGGGUCUGUGUCACUAUGGCCUGGAUUCCUGUCCUUCUCAUGCUCCUGUCUCACUGCACAGGUUCCCUGACGCAGUCUGUGCUGACCCAGCCGCCCUUCCUCUCCUCAUCCUUGGGAUCAUCCACCAGAUUCACCUGCACCCUGAGCAGUGGCUUCAAUGCUGGUGGCUAUGGCAUAGCCUGGUACCAGCAACAGCCAGGAAGCCCUCCGCGGUAUCUCCUGUAUUACUACUUAAGCACAGAGUUGGGGUCUGUGGUCCCCAGCCGCUUCUCUGGAUCCAAAGAUGCCUCGGCCAAUGCAGGGCUUCUGCUCAUCUCCGGGCUGCAGCCUGAGGACGAGGCUGACUAUUUCUGUGCUACUGCUCAAUGGAGUGAGAGCAACUACGUUCCUCACAGUGUGUCAGAUAAGGAGGAAGUGAGACAAAAACCCCUCCAACAACAGACCUUGUCUCUGAGCCUCGUUUAUUGAAAAGUUUCUGUGGAGGCUCCUGUAGGGGAGAGUCCCCUGUUAGGAGACCUGUCCUUGAAGGGGGCGUAGUGACACAGGGACUAUGCUGUUGCGUGAGACAGCACAGGUGUCCUAGGAGCUCACCUGGGUGAGGGGAUAGAACCCACCUGAUCAUGCCCCAGGUCCCGAGAAACUUAACCAGAAUAGAUACUUAAAAAGAAAAAAAAAAAACAGU